GUUCCGCCUCUUCUCUCGGCGCCCAUGGGUUGAAAUAUAAGUGCCGAGGAAUACUGUCACGAAGAUGAGUACAGAUCGGAGAGUGAGGACAAGAAUGCAUGAAAGGUGACUGAGCUAUAUGAAAGAAUGGCAGCAGGGAAAUAAAAGGUGGACAGUUUAGGAGGAGAUGAGUCACUCCCUUAGUUUAUCAUUCCAGCCGCUGAUGGGGAUAUGUACGCGUGUGUUUAUACCAGCACAUAGACAGGCAGACAUAGGGAUAUGUACUCGUGUGUUUAUACCAGCACAUAGACAGGCAGACAUAGGGAUAUGUACGCGUGUGUUUAUACCAGCACAUAGACAGGCAGACAUAGGGAUAUGUACUCGUGUGUUUAUACCAGCACAUAGACAGGCAGACAUAGGGAUAUGUAGUCGUGUGUUUAUACCAGCACAUAGACAGGCAGACAAAGGGAGAGACUUAUGGUUGACAUGGAUGUGUACAAGGAAACAUACUGAGAGUUACCGUGCAACAGAGCGUGGUUUACAGUGUGCAUAUUUAUUUGAUUUAAAGUCCACAAAACGGACAAAAGCACAGCUAGGAGUUUGUUUACUGCCAUUUUGAAAAUUAACUGUGACAAUAACCCCCAUAUAGUUUUGGUAAAUUCUAAAAGACAAAUAUACUUGGAGAAGCUGUCCGUACUUCUGUGCUACGACAUUAUAGAACGGUUAUAAUCCAAUAACUGUACAGGUAGAAGAUACCGUGUCUGGUAAUAUUGUUAACUGACUUAUAAACAUGGUGAGAUUGGUCAUUUCUGUAAUAGUUCUCAUGUUCGGAGUCUUUUUCUACGGCUGUCAAGGCGCCUCCAAGUGUCACAAUGGUAUGUGCUACCAGGUCAUAGUCUACCCAAACUCUACAUGGUUUGAUGCCAGGAAGACUUGUCGGAGACUGGGCGGCCACUUAGCCAGCGUGGAGGACUGGAAAACAGAAUGGACAUUAGAGGGGCUACUACAACAAACACACCAGGACUUGGCACCAUGGCUUCAUAGUUACAGUGCAUGGCUAGGAGGAACACAGAACAUGUCAACUUCCUGGUACUGGGCCAGUCAACACUGGGAUAGCCAUGGCUUAGGCUGGUCUAGAUGGGCACCGUCACAGUCUCGGUGGACGACCAGACAGGCAUGUGUGGCUAUGCAGGCGGACCUACAGUACCAGUGGACGAGCCGGGAGUGUACGGACUAUUUGUGGUUUGUCUGCCUGCGCUUUGUUGACGAGCACGAGUGCCAAGCACCCAACGAAUUUUUUACAGAGGGCGUCUGUUAUCAUCUGAACACCAGCUCUCAGACGUGGUACGAGGCACGAAGACAGUGUCACCUGGACCUUCAAGGUGACCUGGCCACUGUCCACAACAAUGCUGUCCAUAGUAAUAUUAUACGAAUGGCCAAGAGACUGGGACAGGAUGGAUUGGAGGACUUCUGGAUUGGAGCCACGAGAACAAACUGGACUUGGUCAGCUCAUGGUGAUCCAAUUAUGUUCAGUAACUGGGGUUUUAGAUAUGACCCACGUUCCGAGGAAAUGUACCCCUUUCCCAGCCCAGCUCCAACUGGCUGCUUGCAGCUUCAUUUCACUGAUCAUUGUUAUGGAGAAACCACUUCAGAUCCCUGCUUCUUCUGGAAGGAUGUAAACUGCAGCAGCAGGGCGGUUGGCCUCGUCUGUCAGUUCCCAGAAGGGAGCUCGAACGAUUCAGGUUGGGGCUCGUCAUCAGGUUCAGGAUCAGGUUCGGGCUCGUCAUCCGGAUCAGGAUCAGGUUCGGACUCGUCAUCCGGAUCAGGAUCAGGUUCGGACUCGUCAUUCGGAUCAGGAUCAGGUUCGGACUCGUCAUCCGGAUCAGGAUCAGGUUCGGGCUCGUCUUCAGGAUCAGGAUCAGCAAGAACGACAACGAUACCAGUGACAUUAAUAACACCACGAACAAUAGCAGCUACUAUUCAAACCAGGCCAAUAAAGAUUACAACUGUUAUUUCAGCUUCAAUCACAACUAGUUUUCCAGCAACAACUAGUUCUAGUUCAGCAUCAAUUACAACUGUUCGUUCAGAAUCUACUACAUCUAGCGCAGGAACGGGUAAUGCGGACAAUAUGUCCAACCCGAGCAGCCGCCAGGCACUUCCAACAGGUGCUGUAGUGGGUGGCGUGACAGCAGUGGUGGUGGUUGUGACAAUACUUGUCAUUGUGAUAGUGGUCAUCAAAAGAAGAAAACAUGCCCAGUCCGAGUCCAAGGAGAGGAGGGCUUUCAACAACCCUAGUUACACAGAAAACAUCAGGGCAGUGAGCGUGCGUGACGAUAUAUACUCAGAACCAAACGACGACUACAUGCCUCGUGAGGGCGGUGAUCAUCCACAUCAGACCACUUGUUCUGAGAUGAAUGCGGAACACUAUUACCAAAAACUGCAGUAUUCCAAUCAGAGCCAAGAAGAAAAUAUCUACGCGCAGAUUGGUGCCGAUGAAGAUAUCGCCGAGUCUUACAUUGAUUUCAGUGCUUA